UUGAUUGAACUGAAGGCUGAGAAACAAAUUUCUUUUCUUUUUUUUAAAAAAAAGUUUUAAUUUGAAAUAAGUCAUGGAGGGGCAUCCAAAGGGUGAGGCUUCAGGUCCCUCCAGAGGCAAGGAGAAGUCCAGUAAGACGAAGAAAAGCGUGGAAGAAGGAGAAAAGAAGGCCAAAUUUACCUUUAAGAAACUGAUUCCUGAUGAGCUGGAACGAUUCACCAGUAUACGGAAGAAGGAGAAGCCAUGCGUCCAGUCAAAACAUCCACCAACACCAAUUAAUGAAACCCAAUCUUCUGCGCUCUUCACGCUGUCUGAUAAUGAGGUUCUUGAACUGUUUGAGCAGAUGUUGCUUGACAUGAAUUUGAAUCAAGAAAAGCAACAACCAUUGAGAAACAAAGAUAUGAUGAUAAAAAGAGAAAUGGUUUCACAGUACCUGCAUACCUCCAAAGCAGGGCAAAAUCAGAAGGAAAGUUCCAGAUCAGCAUUGAUAUACAUCCAAGAAUUGAAGUCAGGAGUACGGGAUACUCAGCUGCUAAAUUGUUUGGAGUCCUUGCGUGUUUCUCUCAACAAUAACCCAGUCAGUUGGGUGCAGAACUUUGGUACGGAGGGGCUAGCAACACUACUGAACAUAUUGAAAGGGUUGCAGGAUGAACUGGAUCCUCCAAGUGUGAACUACAAAAUUCAACAUGAAAUUAUUAGGUGCCUUAAAGCUUUUAUGAACAACACGUAUGGGAUAAAAAUGAUGCUGGAUUCAGAAGAUGGCAUUUUGCUGUUGGUGAAAGCUGCAGAUCCCAGUGUUCCAGCCAUGAUGAUUGAUGCUGCCAAGCUCUUGUCUGCAAUCUGCAUCCUGCAAGGUCCUGAGAAUAUACAUGAAAAAGUACUGGAAGCAGUGACAGAAAGAGCAGAGCAGAAGGAUUGUGAACGGUUCAGACCACUGUUGGAUGGAUUAAAGGUCGAACAGAGCAUACCGCUGAAGGUGGCAUGCAUGCAGUUCGUUAAUGCCCUCAUCAUUCCAGCAGACGAACUCGAUUUCAGGAUUCACUUGCGGAGCGAGUUCAUGCGUUUAGGUCUCAGUCGGAUCUUACCGGAAUUGAGGAAAAUUGGAACAGAAGAACUCAAUGUGCAGCUGUCUGUUUUUGAUGAACAUGCAGAGGAAGAUUCGGACGAUUUGAAAAACCGUCUGGAAGAUAUUAGAAUAGAAAUGGAAGAUGUGAAUGAAGUCUUCCAGAUGCUGCUGAACACUGUGAAGGAUUCCAAAGCAGAACAGUACUUCCUGUCUAUUCUUCAGCACUUGCUUCUGAUACGCAAUGAUUACCAAGCCAGGCCACAAUAUUACAAGGUUUUGGAUGAAUGUGUAUCUCAGGUAGUCCUACAGAAAAAUGGAUCGGACCCAGACUUCAAAUGUAGGAAAUUCAGUCUGGAUGUGGAGCAUUUAGUAGACAACUUGAUUGACAAAACCAAAGUGCAAAUCAGUGAAACCAAAGCUGCAGAACUGGAAAAGAAGCUUGAUUUGGAAUUGACAACUCGGCAUGAACUACAGGUGGAGAUUAGGAGAAAAGAAACCGAUUUUGAAGUGAAGAUCUCUGACCUUCAAACAAAGCACCAGGUGCUGGAAACGGAUAAAACCCAGGUGGAGCUUGAUAAUAAGAAACUGCAGAACGAGAUUAAUCAACUAAAGGAUGAGAAUGCACAGUUAUCCAAGGACUUGGAGGAUACAAAGACAGAGUUGGCCAACAUUCCAAAAGAAGUGACCCCAAUGCCAGAUCAGAUUAACAGGCUAUCACCCCCAUCAGCACCUGUGCCAUGCCUAGUGGUAAUGCCUCUCCCACCUCCACUUCCAGGCCAAGCAGGAAUUCCUCCACCACCACCUCUACCAGGCCAAGUGGGAAUACCUCCACCACCUCCAUUACCGGGCCAAACAGGAAUUCCUCCUCCACCACCUCUACCAGGCCAAAUGGGAAUUCCUCCACUUUCAGGACAAAUGGGAAUUCCUCCACCACCUCCACUACCAGGACAAAUGGGAAUUCCUCCACCACCUCCACUACCAGGACAAAUGGGAAUUCCUCCACCACCUCCACUACCAGGACAAAUGGGAAUUCCUCCACCACCUCCACUACCAGGACAAAUGGGAAUUCCUCCACCACCUCCACUACCAGGACAAAUAGGAAUUCCCCCGCCACCUCCACCUCCUGGGUUCCCUGGAAUGCCUCCUCCACCACCUGGGCUAUUUGGUGGUCCUGUUGCCCCUGCCGUUCCUGUUUUGCCAUUUGGGCUGGCACCUAAAAAAGAUUACAAGCCGGAAGUUCAACUCAAAAGGCCUAACUGGCCAAAACUUGGGCCUAAAGAUAUGAAUGAAAAGUGUUUCUGGGUCAAGGUGAAGGAGGACAAAUAUGAAAGUAAAGAGCUCUUUGCAAAACUCACUGUUGCCUUCUCUGCACAGACAAAGACUAGUAAAGCCAAGAAGGAACAACAAGACAUGGCUGACAGCAAAACAACGCAGAAGAAGAAAGUUAAAGAACUAAAGGUACUGGAUGGCAAAACAGCUCAGAAUCUAUCUAUCUUCUUGGGUUCUUUCCGUUUGCCAUACGAUCAAAUCAAAAGAGUAAUUCUUGAGGUGGAUGAGAAGGUUCUGACAGAAUCACUGAUCCAGAACCUUGUUAAACAGCUUCCUCCGCAGGAACAGUUGAAUGCAUUAGUUGAGCUGAAAGAAGAAUACAAUGAUCUCUCAGAACCCGAGCAGUUUGGAGUAAUUAUCAGUUCUGUGAGCCGUCUGAGGCCCCGGCUGAAUGCAAUUCUAUUUAUGCUCCAGUUCGAAGAGCAGGUGAAUAACAUUAAACCAGACAUUGUAUCGGUGAAGGCAGCCUGUGAGGAAGUGAAGAGCAGUGAGAAUUUUUCCAAAUUGAUGGAAAUUGUCCUGUUGGUGGGAAACUUCAUGAAUGCAGGAUCACGGAAUGCUGGAGCGUUUGGGUUCAGCAUAAGCUUCCUUUGUAAAUUAAAAGAUACAAAAUCCGCUGAUCAGAAGAUGACACUGAUGCACUUUAUAGCGGAAAUGUGUGAAGAACAAUAUCCUGAAAUUGUUCACUUCACAGAAGAGCUAAACCACGUGGAAAAAGCAAGCCGAGUUUCUGCAGAAAUGCUACAGAAGAACCUCGAGCAAAUGGGGAAACAGAUUGCCACUUUGGAAAAAGACAUCGAGAGCUUCCCACAAUCUAACAAUGGACAAGACAAGUUUGUAGAGAAAAUGACAAGCUUUGUACAGGUUGCAAGGGAACAGUUUGAAAAACUAUCAGGAAUGCAUAAAACCAUGGAGGAAGAUUUUGAAGAUCUUGGACAAUACUUUGUCUUUGACACCAAGAAAAUAUCUGUUGAGGAGUUCUUUGGUGAUCUUAGUAACUUCAAGAGUAUGUUUUCGCAAUCAGUAAUGGAGAACAAGAAACGGAAAGAAGCUGAAGAGAAAAUCAAAAGAGCCAAACUUGCAAAAGAGAAAGCAGAGAAGGAGAGACUGGAAAAACAGAAGAAGAGUGCGAUCAUCGACAUGAAUGCAGAGGGUGAAGCGACAGGGGUGAUGGACAGCCUAAUGGAGGCCCUUCAGUCAGGAGCUGCCUUCAGGAGAAAGAGAGGUCCACGGCAAGCUGCUAAUCGAAGAGGCAAUGCUAUGACUUCUAUUCUAGCCAAAGAACUUACCAAGGACGAUGCCAUCAGUCAGACCGUAAGUAAGAAGCAGAAAGUAAAUAAUGAAGCCAAGGAUGUCACCACACCAAUGGAACAAGAUGAAAUGCUGGAGGGCAUUCUUACACGCUCCAGUUGAACCCAUAGGAGAGUAUCUGGAUUUUAAAAUCCUGUGCCAUAAAUCCAUUUUUUUUUUUGGUUUGAUGCUUUUUUUAUAAUCUGAAUGUGUUACAGUUGGAUUUUUUUGGACUAAUUUUAUCUCACCUGAAAAUGGUGACACUAGCCUGACUGCGUACAGGUGACUACUUGUAUAUUUGAAUGGGGGCAGGGCGGCUCAUAUUUCAACAUAUAAUACUGUUCUCUGAUAUCAAUUUUUGGCAAUGCUGCAGUGCAGAUGUUGUCUCACGUAGGUGGCCCUCUCAUAUUUUGGGUGCCUUUGCUUAUUUUUCUUAAGUUUUAAACAUAUCUGUCGAUUUCCAUCUUUGAUGGGUUUUAGCUCUAACUCACAGAUUGGUGAGAUUAAAAGAAACUUGUUUGCACAUCAGCCUCAUAGGCCACUUAAAAUAAAUUAGUAGGUGUUUCUAUUCACAUUCAUUCUUAAUAGUAUUGUUUUAUUGGAGGUGGAAGAGGGGCAUUCUUACUGUACCAUAGAUCAUACAUGUGACAAAAUAUACAGCACAAGAACUGACUCGAGAUAAUGAUAACGUUAUUACAGCUUUGAAGCAAGCAAUUCAGCCCUUCGAGCCCAUGUUACACAUCUCAGUGCACAGCACUGAUGAAACACACAUACCAUGUAGGUUUAGUGUAUAAAAACAAAGUAAUAAUUUUUAUGUGCUAUAAAACUAAAGGAUUCAAAAAUAUUAAUGGUGGUCAAUAUGUUAUACAGUUGGAGAGGGAGAAAUCUGGCCAGUUUUAGCAACUUUCAAAAAUAUACCAGAACGUCACCAUUUCUAAUAUUAUUCCUUCUUCGCUAUUCCCUUCCUUUUACUCUCUCCUUCCCUCCCCACGGAAAAUUUGGCGCAUUGGAACUAGAGGCUCAGAAUUUUUCUAUUGUUUGUUUUUUAAGCUGCUCAAAACUGCUGAUCCACACCUUAUAAAAGUAGUUCCCACUAUGCUAAGGAUCACAAGUUGGAACUGUCACUAUUAAAGGAGGAAAGGAUAAUUAAUUAACCAAUGCCGAAAUGCCAGACACGAUAUUGAAAUUUAUGGAUAAAUCAUUUUUACUUAUUUUGAACCCAUUACUGAAUUAGUAUGGACAAACCUUACAUGAUUCCUGCCACUCAGCUCACAUUUCAUUUCAUUAGUGCUCUAAGCACUUUUCUGGAUCAUUCCUCACAUAUUAUUUUUCUCCACAUUCCAUUUCCAAAUCACAUUUAAUGUAUUUUGAUGGAAUCCUAAAAAGUAAUAUUCUCAUGCCCCAGUUGUGCUGGCCAUGCAUCUAUGAUCAUCCUUCAUCAGCACCAUUGCAUGGGGGCGGGGUGGAAAACUUCAAUAACAAAAAAGUUUUUUUGCCAAAUUGUGAGAGAUAUUUUGUUGCCUGUGGAAAAUAUUCCCCCUUUAAUAUUCUCCCCAAUUUGAAGUUUCAUAUAAGCAGUGUUAUGAAUAUUAAAGGAUUGUCUACACAUAUUGGUGUGCAACUUUAAUACAGCAUCUGGUAUUAAGUUAUAACCACAAAGGUUCACCUGAUCUGCCUGAGAAGAUGUCGUGUCCCUUCAAGGUCCAUCCAAAUUAAGUUUCCUUCCAAUAACAACAUGUUAAAUCCGCACUGCAAAACAGGAAAUGAAGAAAGAAUUCAAAACAAAGCUCUGCUUCUGUUUCAUAACUUGAAGUGAGAGGGGAAAUGAAAACUGGAGGAAAAUGCCCUUGGAGAUGCCUUCCAUUAUUUAACUAAAAUAAUACACCAUUGGAGUGUAAAUGAGUAUGUGCUAAUUUAAAACUUUCCCAGUUAGGACUCUUUUUGUAAAACCCUGAUUAAGUGAAUGUAUGAUCAUAAUGAGUGUUCAACUACUAAUUUAUUUUGGGUGGCUCUGAUGUACUAAUUCAGGUGACGUACUGCUGUAUUUAUUUAGAAUUGAACCCUGUUGAGACCGUUAGCUCCAUUAAGUGAAGGGAGUUGGCUUUGGGUUCAUAGGAUUUUACUACUGUAUGUGUAGGCAAACUCUGGAGUAUGCGUUGGACCUUUUCAGCUGCCCUUGCAAUUUGUAACUGCUGUGCUAGCUAUUUUCUUGGUUGUUUGGAGAUUUUUUUCCACUAAGUGGCAUUCCUUAAGUUUUGAAAAUAUCCCGUGAUUGUGGUGCAACUUCACAUCACUUGGUCAAGCAAGUUUUACCACCUACGAGCAAAGCAGCACUUUACAAGUGAAAUUCCUACAGAAUUUAUAUUUUAAAAAAUAAAAAAGAAUGUGUUUGGCUAGCAGAAUCUUCCUGUAGUUCAAAGCAUUAUGUGCACUUGAGGUGUUCAGACCAAGUAAAAACAUUGAUUUGCAACAAAUGCCCACUGAUCCUUGACCUCCAUCGGUGCCUCAUUGACUCUUCCCCCACCCCAUCCCUUCUCAAUUAUUUGCUGCCUUCCAAAUUUCAGCUGGAUCAAGCAACUGAAGUCCUUUCAACAGUGUAAACCUGUCUGCACUUGUUUAUAGAAAUUCCUUUCAGUUCAGAAACCUGUAUUUGUGCAAGUUUAUGACUAUUCAUAGAUUUGAAACAUUCUUCGAGUAAUUUUUAAGAGAGUCCUAAAGAGUGUUCAGUUUCAUACAAUAACAGAAAAGUAAACUAAAUGCUAAUUUUAUGUCAGCCCUGACUGGGGCUGUGCAUCAAAUCAGAUAGAUUUCUCUACUUGUCACUUUCAGCUUGAUUUACAAUCCAAGUACCAUAAUUUUCCAUUAAAAGCCAGUUUCCAAGUAAUAAGAAAUCACUUGCCCUAGCAACAAUGUGCGGUGAUAGCCAGGACACCCCGAGGAUCAGGUGCAAAUGGACUUUCCUCCCUUUCUCUCAGAUCAGUUCUGUAUGCCAAGUGAUUUUGUUUUAACAAAGAACAUUCAUCGUCCUGCAAAGCAAUUACAGUCGAAACACCUUGGAUAUUGUCUGUUGACUCUUUUUCAUAAUAUUCUUACUGUUUAAUGCAUGACUGACUGGUACAUAAGCAUUUAUUAGGUUGGAUAUAAUGUAGCAGUUAUGGGUUAAUGGGGUGUGGUGAACCAGAUAUUGUUAGUAUUUUCCCAUAUAUUUUGCCUUUCCUUUUAUUGGCCUUCCUCUAUCUGUUCAUUAAUACCUGCUACCACCACCCCCUUUCUGCUGAUAGUGAGAUUUUCAAUAGUAAGUACUGUAAUCAAGCACAUUCACGCAUGGAUCCCUGGUUCUAUAAAAGUUCAAUGCAUGUACUGGAUCUUAGGCAUGUUUUAUCGUUAGAUCUGAGGGAAAUGUUUUUGCAACCAGCAACCCAGUAUAGUCAUCACAGAUGCGACCAAUACACCAGUUUUUAUGGUAGCUAGAUUCAUAGAGCUUUGGCAUAAUUAUGUGCAAAUGGUAGUACGCUGACUUUAGAAAGGACCUGAGUCCUUAGGGACAGGCAUUUUUGGGGCGAGGGAUGGACAUUUUUGGGGUGAGGGGGCGGUGAUUUUUUUUGAAUGCGAGUUACACGAGAGCAAUUCCUUUCGCCCUGAAAAGCGCAGUCGCACAGUGGGAUACAGUUCUCUGUGUGCUGGCAGACCUUUCGUCACCUUACCCAAGUGGUUAUUCUUUUACACACGAGGCUAGGCAGUGAAUGACUGCCAGCUAUUCACCCCUGGAGAGCAUCACUACCCUGCCAAUUCCCUAAAGUCUCUGAGUACUGAAUACAGGAUACUCCAGAGUUAUGUUAAAAAGCUGCACUGAGUAAAAUGAAAGUCCUGCUGGAAUAAUUCAUGAAUUUGUACUGUAAAUAUGGCUGUGGUUGACUUAAGUUAUUGAAAUUGCCAGAAUUCCCCCUGAAACUAAUGAUACUUUUAAGCACUUUGAGGACACUGUUGAGGUAAUCAUAAGGAACGGUAAUAUAGGAUUGACCUAAAUGAACAUAUCGAAAUAUCAAAAGCACACAUUUUUGGGGAGGGGGCUUCAAACAUCUUUUUAAUAAUACUGAGUGUUGCUUUAUGGAAUUUCAGAGAAAUGUGUGUUCCAUUUAUAUCUGAAUUUUGUAGGUUUACACAUUUAAUUACUGUAUACCUGAACAUUAAUUUAAAUUGUGGGUCAUUUCAAAUCAUGGUUAGGGUACCAGGAAAGAGCGGUGCCAGGGCUAGAAUUAUUUCCUCUCAUUUACGAAUAUUUAAAGGCUGCAAUAGAAGAUACUGGAAAGUUGUAAAUUGUUUUUUUUUUUAUUUUCUGUGUAUUUCAUUUCUAUAUAUUAUUUUGAUUAUACCUUUUUGCAUUUCUGUUUGGGAAUGUGCCAACAUUAGUAAAGGUUGCUGGUCAGCUGAUUUUGAAUCUCUCUUGCCCUCUGUACUUGCAUCCUGUUUAUUGCAAUAUUUUAAAUAGAGGAUCCCACAGUAACAUCUAUUGUUUUCCUGGUCUUGGCCUUUUCUGAAAUGCUGGGGCCAUGAAUCAGGAAACGGGACCCCUGUAGAAUGAGUGUAUGUUUCUAGGAAAAUGACCAGAUUGAUGGUUUUUCUUGACACCAUAAUCAUAUGCUUCAGAUUAUGGAUUUGAGAGUAGUUUUGCAAAAAAUGCACCAAGUGACCUUGACCCAUGUAACUCACCAGCGUUGAGGAGCGGAGCUUCUGAGUUGUACUACCUUAUACUAAAACUCUUAGUUUCUCUCCUCAGCCAUUUAUCCUGCUGUUUCUUUCAUUUUUUAACAAAUAAAAACAGUAUGCAAUAAAGAAUUAUUAUAUAUUUUCAGAGGUAUGGGGUGAUUACUGUGUAAGGGACAUAGUGGUGGCUGAAUGAUGUAGUGAUGUGUGCUGCUUGAGAAGCAUUUUCUGGAAGUCACUGCUGGAAUAAAGCUCUACCACAGCAAAAAUGUAUAUUUUACAAUAUUAUACAGUUGGGUGCCAUCAAAACUGCCUGUUAAUAUCCAUAUUUUGCAAGUAGGUCCAAUUCAAAAGCCAAUCCAACAGCUUUACCAGGCACCAUGUAACACAAGAGUGUAAGUAAAGCGUGUUCUCUAUGCUUCCUCUAAUACUUGCCCAGGGGUAACAUGCCAAGAUUGAUAUUCAUUCAGUGUUGUGUUACUCAGGGACUUUUUUAAGCAUUGUCAAACCACUGUUUUUUUAAUUAAAGGAAUACAUCCACUUUACUUACCAUUUGCAGUCAGAAGAUUGUCUUAGUGGAGGAGUGGGUGUGAGGAAAUUUCCAGAACGUUAUGCUGUUUUCAUCAGUAAUAGGGAUAGUUCAUUUUUAUCUUAGCUUAACAAUGUCACUGGUGCUGUCAGGGCCAAAUGAGUAUUAGUUGUCCUUAGCAAUGUCAAUGAAACUGUAAGAUACACAAGAAUCAGCAUCACUUCCACCUGUUCUCUUUCUUAAAACCGCUUGAAUGUGAUGGAAAUACAUAUUCAGAAUGCUUGGAAUAAAAAAAAAAUUAAGGGCCUGAGGUAUUUACAUCUUGUGACUAUUUAGUCGGAUACAGUAAGUCAUUUCAUCUCACUUCACAGUGCAGGCACCGAGAAUCUAAAUGGGCCAAAGCUGAGACUUUGGUUGCUGGGAUUAUUGUGAAAAUAAUGAAAAAUAAAGUAAAAUGUUUUUUUCCAAGAAUUUUGUUUUUUCACUGAAAUUUGUUUCGUGCUUUGAAAUCUAAUUAUUAUCAGAUUUCUGAUUUGAAUUGUAAAUAAAAAGUAUUUUAUCAAA